UGGCUCUCUCUGUCACAUCAUUCCUUUUCAGAAGAAGGAAGCAUCCGACAAUAAACUUCGUGUCAACCUCUAAGACAUUAAUUUCUUAACUAUCUUUUCCAGCUGAGCAGGGUAUUCUGUGGUAUCCUGAAAGUGGGAACAGAUCAUGACGGCUGUGUCGGGAGAGCAGGCUCAGGCUGGAGAGAGGAUGUUCAGGAUGCCCAGCUGUCUCCUAAAGCUGACCAGGGUGGUGCUGAGCCACAAGCCCUGGGCCCUGUUUAUCCUCAUCUUUGUGUUGGUAUCCUUCGCCUACCACAAGUUGUAUUCGAGUGUCUGGGAGGACCCCAAGAGCAGAGGCCUCCCCUACAGCUUGUCUGCUGAAAUCAGCUGUGCUCACUAUGUGCCUUCUUCCCUCAACAUUGCUGGUGAGCCCUCUCCUUCCACAGCAAAUGUGUUUUUUGUGGAGACCUCGGAGCAAACUUCCCCAAGUUACCUCUUCUCAUGCUCUGUGGAGUCAGCGGCCAGGACACACCCUGCAUCAAAAGUCGUGGUGCUCAUGAAAGGCUUGGCCAAAGAGAACGCCUCCAUACCCAAGCACUGGGCUUUCUCCUUGUUCAGCUGCUUCCCCAAUGUGGAAAUACAGCCCCUGGACUUGACAGAGCUCUUUUCUGGAACACCUUUGGCACAAUGGUACUUGCAGCCUCAGCGGCAGCAGGAGCCUCAUUUUUUACCCGUCCUGUCUGACGCCUGCAGGAUUGUUCUCAUGUGGAAAUUUGGUGGCAUCUACCUGGAUACAGACUUCAUUGUGCUUAAGAACUUACAGAACCUCACCAAUGCCCUUGGGAUUCAGGAUGACAAGGAACUGAAUGGGGCCUUUCUGUCCUUUAAGCCCAAGCACAAGUUCAUAGAGCUUUGCAUGCAGGACUUUGUGCAGAACUACAAUGGCUGGAUCUGGGGCCACCAGGGCCCGGAACUCCUAACUCGUGUCUUCAAGCAGUGGUGCUCCCUCGAGACUAUCAAGAGCACGAGGUGCAAAGGUGUGAGUGCUCUUGCCCCAGAAGUUGUUUAUCCUAUUCCCUGGCAGGACUGGAAGAAGUUGUUUGAGGCAGUCAGUGCCUUGGAGUUCCACAAACUCCUGCAGAACACCUAUGCCGUGCACAUAUGGAACAAACUGAGCCACGGGACCAAGUUAGAGAUCCCCUCCCAGGCUCUGCUGGCUCAGCUCUAUUCCCAGUUCUGCCCUGCCACCUACGCAAAGAUGAAACAGGACUCUGAAGAGUUGUCAAGGAGCGCAGUGUGACCUGUGGGCCCUUGGCUGCAGGGAUGUUCCUCAGACUGAAGGAAACUGAGUGCCUUUGACCUUCCCCAGAGUUGGCUCCUAGUCCUCAGCACAGGUGUUUUGUGUGACAGCUCUGUGGUUUUUGCCAUUGCUGAUAUCUGCCUCAGAUCCUUUGAGUUUCAAAUUUACAGCAGAACCUGAGGUCAGCCUCUCUUGCUGUCUUUCAGGAGACUUUUUGCUGCAGGGAAGGUUGACCUGGUUCAUCUGCGUCUCUCAGCUGGUCCUCUCUUGGUGAUCUCCAAUGGCUCCUCUUGUCAGUCCUGGCCUGAGCAGCCCCUUGUGAUGUUUCAACAGCUGUAGGGACCCUUGCCUUCCUCUGUGUGGCCUUGCUGAGUUUGUAAAUCACUGCCAGGCAGUGCCAAAGGGCACUGUUUGCUGGAGCUCAGAACGGAACUUCCUGGUGGCAAAGAUCAUUUACG